AAACAACUCACAAGGAUGCACAAGAAUCGAUCGAUAUAGUGUAGAACUUUCCUAAAAACUUAAAUAACUCAAGAUGCUCAAAAGAAAAUGGAGUAACAAGCAAUACUGCGCCGAUGUAGAAGCCGAUCCAUUCGAUUUUGCCUACCGUGGGAGUGUGUUUGAUCCAUUGAGGGAUGCUAACCGCGUGCCCUCAGUGCCGGAGCACAUAAAUGAUUCCUCCGGGAACGACGCAAUGGAAUUGAUCGAGGACAUACAGCUACCCGCCCAUCGGUUGUCGGCCAAAGUUCGGCAGCAAUAUUUGUUUUACUUGGAUAAAAUGUUGAGGAAAAACUAUCAAUCAUGGUUGUCUGUUUACAACGCCAAAGAUAAUCCGUUCAGCGAGGAUGAAGUGAUGCAAUGUGCGGAGGCGAUCGAGAUGCGGGCGGUACAGUCUUGUAUGAUUACUUCACUUUAUAGGAAUUUUAUUUUAAAAAAGAUAGGAGAAAUCCGGAAGCAAACAGCGGUUGGUAUCCUGCAUCCCAAUCUGACGGAUGUUAAGUUUAAACCGGCACUGAUCAAAAGAGAACAGUGCCACAUUGGAGUACAAACGGAGCUUGAUGAGUCGGUCCAGCUAGACACGCAAAGCCAAGAUAUUAGUAGUGCCAUCCAAUCGGGAUCGCUGAGAAACGUGCCUGUACUGAGCCUGGAAGAAAAGAUGCGACUAUUUGAAGGAAAAUGUAUUACUCAAGAUAAGCAAAUGAACGACGUACCGACUUGCAGUUGGAACGAGCAACCAAAUGUGAAUUCCUCAGGUCAAGGGGAAAACGCUGUCCCUGAAAAAAUGCAGCUUACAGAGCUAAAGCCUUCACAGCUGCGUAACGAUGCCAUGGACGAUGAAAUACUCAAAGAGCUUCAAGCAAUGUUUGAACCGGCAAACGACGAGGCAAACAUUUUCGAAUGGAGUGAAGAUCAGGGACAAGUAAAGGCUAUUAUUAGUGAAAUUGAACAAGCGGAUUUAAGCAAGGGUCAACACAAAACAUCUCACACGCUGGAAGCCGCACAGAAUACUCCUAGCCCUCGGAUUGAUGGCAACCGUUUGGCAGAAGCAAUUGCACCAAAUUUGCCCCCCGACCCGGAAGAUUUGCGCCGCAGCAUGUGGCCGUGCGAGUUACACAUGCAGAGAAUGAAGUUGAGGGGUUUACUUGUUAGGAUUGCUGAAGACGAUUACCGGCGGUAUGAGAAUCUCGUUCAGUCACAAUUUGUAACACUGUUUGGCGAGGAUGACGGAGAGGAGCAGGAUCUCGGCCCGUACAGUCCCUCGAUCGAGCUGAACGAUGUGCUCGUAUCGAGCUGUCGGCAGCGCAUUGCCAAAUGGGUGGUGCAAGCGUUAAUGCGUCCGUUGAACGAUGGUCUGAUCGAGAAUCGGUUCCUGUUUAAAAAGCUUGCCAAAAGACUGGCUGACAAUAUCAUCUACUUAAAUCAGUAUCCUGAUAGGCGAUUUGUACGUGACUACAUAACUGACUAUUUCUGCGCGCAUUCAAACAUAAAGAAUAUCAACGACAUAACCUAAAUUAUGCCACAAUAAGUACAAUGCUAUCAUGAACUAUAAUGUAAACUGAACUAUAAAUCAAUCAAACAACCAACCAAAGCACCUGGAUGUUAAGGCAAGCCCUUUGAAUUUAAAUGAUUAAUUUCUUUUCGUCGAAUAAACCAUCCGAUGGAGCCCCAAUUGAAAUAGCUGUAAAAUAGAUUGAAUUAUUA